AUGAAUCACGCCCCGUCGCUUUUGCCUCGAUCGGGAAAAUCGGCUGUCAGACGUCUAGCACGGCUGGUGAGAGCUGCUGUCCGUCCAGAUGAAGAGGAAGUUGACACAAAGAAAAAAUCCAAAUGGAACGAGAGCUAUGAAAGCUUGCUGAAAAUCAAAAAGGCGCUGGACGAAAAAGCCAAGCAACCAGGAGCGAGGGUCUACGAUUUUCGUAUGUUUGAUCUAGUGCUAGGGAAUUCGAAACCGACAAGGGCUAGGAAAGAAAAGGGUAUAACGCCACCAUUAGUACAGCAAGCUUACAAUUUGAUACGGAGUUUUGAGGGGAAGUCAAAAGAAUUCGGCGAAUCGGCGAACAUCAAGUUUUUGAGCCCUCGAUUCGCUCCGAUAAUGCCGGACAAAGCGGACAUCAAGGGCUCCUUGUCUCCCUCAAUCUUUUCUUUUUACAAAGACGACACAGAAGAUCAACUGUUACCAUUGCCAAAGCUCCUUGACGCCACCGGAAUGACGGAAGGAGAUAGAGGAGAGGUACUCGAGACUGUCAUGGAAGUGACAGGAGCCCGACAGAUCGUCGAUGAUGCCAUGAAGACCUUAUCGAGUACGGAACUGUUUGGAAUGCAAGGCGAAAUUGAAGAAGUCACGGAGCGUAUAGCAAAGAUAUUCACAAAUUUGGAGAGCACUUUCAAUCGGAGGCAGAAGAAGGAUAUGAAGAAACGAGGCUUUACAUUCUUGGAGACGAAUCAGUUAGAAGAGCUGCACAAGGAACAAGGUCUCGCCAAACAUGCGUCUGAAAUAGACUUCGACAUCCACGAGUACGGUAACCAAACCCGCGCUCAGCGUGAAGAUUCGCUAUGGCUUCGCAUAGCUGAAAUAGCAGCCAAUGGAACGAAAACCAGAUCUAAACGACAGAUCACCUGGUUGUCAGUAAACAAACCUACCGUACUAUCACCGUAUAUGUUCUCACCAGUCUAUGGACUUGUCGUACUUGGUCCCUGCAUCCGAGCUACAACUAAAGACGGUUUAGAGCACGAAAAAUUAAUCCUUGACCAGAAAGGGCUACAAAAUAUGAAAGAAGUUCAUAAAAACUGGUACUUCUACUCGAUAAAAGCCCUGCUUGGACAACUAGGCAAAGAGCUUCUUGGAAAGCUAAACAGCGCUUCGCGUGAACGAUUGAAGUUGUGCCUGAAGCGCAUUGUAUACAUGAAAGAUCUUCGAAAAACUGCAGCUUGUCUGCUAAAGGCUCGGGAAAGAUGGAAAAAAUUUCUUAAAUACAAGGGUGUAAAAGAAGCAGACAUGGAUUUGCCUCCAAAAGCACUCCAUAGAGGUUAUGACCGGAUACCGUCAAGAAUUCCGCAUGCUCUGAGAAUUCGUAAACUUCGACUGAGAAGGUCAAAACGUAGCCCUGAUCGUUUGAUAUUGCCAGAUGAUUUGAGGGACAAUGAUCACGUGGUGAAAUCUGCCGAGUUUGCGCCACCUCUCAAAGAACCCUCAAAAAGUCCAAUCAAUAAAGUAGCCGGUCUUUUCGUUUCCCUCUUUGGAAAGACUAGUGCGAAUGAAUUGCCACAAAAAUGGUCGACUACCUACAAAAGUAUCUUAAAGUUGUCUAAAUACAUCGACAAAAACGAAAAUUCUCCCGGAACUCGUGUGUAUAAUACACGAAUCUAUGAUCUCGUCAUGGAUGCGAAAGGGACAAAGCAAGGCAGUGAGAUAGGAAAAGCAUUCGAGCAACUGCAAUCUUCGCUUUCUUUACGGCAAAGUUCUGACUUAGACAAGAGAGGAUUCACGUUUAUGAAUCCUAAACAAAUCGACAAGUUACACGAAAAACAAAAUGUGAGCGAACCAGAGGUUCUUGAACAAAUGGAAAGCUAUAAAAAGUUGCCCAAACAUAAGCGUGAAGAGAUGCUUUGGCGAUCUAUUGGAGAACUGGCUGGUUUGAGUCUUGUGAAGUAUACGCAUAGAUUCCAAAUUCUAAGUAGAUUAAACCAGGACUUCGGUUACCUUUCUAUUAUUGCUUUUACAUUCGCUCUUCAUCCUAAGGGAAGAAACCGAACAUCCAUGCUGUUUGCGAUUUUGGUCGUUGCUGUUGCGGUUAUUGUUCCAACACGAUCAUAUGCAAGGACAAUUUACAAACUAGUUGAGUAUGACAAAAAUUGUCCCAAAAACGAGGAAUGGGCGGAAUGCAAGGACCAUUGUAUUCCCGAUUGCACUAAUCCGCGACCGCUAGUGUGCGUCAAGACUUUGGAUUGUCUACCCGGAUGUCAGUGCAAGAAAGGCUUCAUCAUAUCUAGUGCCGGAUGCGUUCGAGAUUGUUCUCAAGAAAAUUGCCCUCGUCCAAACGAAAUUCGAUCCAAGUGUAUUCCAAGGCCACAAUGUCAGCGCACUUGCUUCCCACCUAGUGAAACACAUGAUUCAAUUCGAUUCUGGAGACCAUUAAACUUAACAUACAUUUGUAGUAAUGAACCUUGCAUACCUUUUGAAUGUGAAUGCCAGAAAGGUUACAUUCGUCUCCACAACACACCGGGAAGGGACAGAUGCAUUCCUCUUGCGACUUGCAAAAUACUGAAAGAUCAGUUUGGAUCCUCUUUGCCAUCUGGAUUUGACGUCACAGUUCUGAAUAACAAAACUGAUUCCUGGAAACAACCCAGUUUAGGCCAGAAAUGGAAUGGUGAUGGUAGCACAAUAUCGCAACGGCGGCGUCAUGUUAUGCCAGGAACGCUUGUUUGCGGCGAGUCGCACAGCUACACACAAGAAGGCCUUGUUUUAGACGAAGAAGGCUUUGCAAAAGUCAAAGACAUACAUAGAAACUGGUAUUUUUUCUCUAUAAAGGCUUUGCUUGGACAGAUCGCAAAGGAGCUACUUGAUAGCAUAGACAGCGCUUCGUGCUUGCGACUUAGGCUGUGCCUCAAGCGAAUAGUACGCAUCAGAGAUGUCAGAAGGACAGCUACAUGCUUACUAAAAGCCAAAGAACAGUGGAGAAAACACAUAAAAUUCAGACCGUUACGUGCUAACGAGUGUGCAUUGGAUGGACAAUGCAAUCAACGGGUGUGGACGAACGUCACGAAACUGUACGUUGCAAAGAGUUACUUGAAGAUGAAAGAAGCACGAAGGCGAGCGCACAUAUUUGGCUCGAUAAGAUUCAAACGAAGCACUGGCCGUUUGACCUUGCCGAUGGAAUUGAGAGCCGAUUAUGACAAGGUGAAGACAAUGAAUCAUGCGCCAACGAUACAACAGAAGAGUGGAGCAAGUCUAGUUCAUCGCCUCACAAAUCUCUUCGUAUCUCUCUUUGGAGAGUCUUCGGUAGAUGAAUUACCCAGGAAAUGGUCGAAUACGUAUCAGACCAUAGCUAGAUUAUCCAAAGUGCUAGAUACAAAUGGGGAGUUGCCCGGAGCAAAAGUGUACAGUGCGAGAAUCUACGAUGUUGUCGCUAACGACAAACGAGUCAAAGCUCAUGAUAAAAUUCAUGUUCCUUCAUAUCUUAAAGAUGCUUUUGCCAUCGUAAAUUCGUUCAGUGGGGCUGAAAACGCACGAAUACUUAGUCCACGGAUUGCUCCUCUUUUACCGGAUAGACAUACUAGAGGUUUUUUGUCACCCUCAAUUCUUCCAUUCUACAAGGAUGAAAGCGAACAACAGAUACUGCCGGUUCCAAAGUUGCUUGAAAACGUCGGCCUUAACGAGAGUGACCGGCAACGGGUUAUCGAAAUGAUAAUGGAAGUGUCAGGAGCACGCAAAACCGUCGAUAAGGCAGCCAAGGUGCUGCAUUCUUUGAGUGCGAUGGGCAUGGAUGAGAGACUUCUUGCAGUAACUGAAAAGAUAGGCAUGGCGUUUGAGCAGCUUCGAACUUCAUUAUCAAGGAAGCAAAGCACGGAGUUGGAUAAAAGAGGAUUCACUUUUAUUAAUCCCAAACAAAUGGAGAAACUUAUCCAGGAUCAAGAAGUAAAUGUUCCGGCUAUACACGAGCACGUAAACAGCUACAAAUCCUUGUACCACAGCGGAAACGAAAAGAUUCUGUGGGACGCUGUUGCGCAGAUAGCCGGAAGGAAGAGGUCACUGCUUAGCUGCAAUCAAGUUUUUUCUUAUGGAUGCAUGAAUAUUGCUCUUUUAUUCACUUCAUUAAUCUGUUAUCAACUCACACUACAGGAGGCGUGGGCCAAAGUGUACGAGGAAAGCAUGAAUAAUUUAGUGCUUAAUCAUGAAGAUUUCAAAAAAGUUCGCGACAUACAUAGAAAUUGGUAUUUGUUUUCUCUCAAAGCCCUGCUUGCACAAUUAGCCAAAGACUUCCUCGUUGCUGCCUCCACUGAAAGUAGCCAGGAACUAAAAAGAUGCUUACGAACUAUACGAGAAACAAAAGAUCUCACUAAAACAGCAAGGUGCCUCGUAAAAGCAAAAGCGCUUGAGGAGAAGACGACAAACUUACGCAGCGGACUGAAUUCAAAGGACAGAGAGAAAGUCUUGGAAAUGAUAAUGGAAGUUUCUGGCGCUCGAGAAGCUGCCAACAACGCAAUGAAGAUUCUGAGCCAACUACGAUCUCUAGGAUUUGGCGAAAAAAUGCUCAACGCAAACGAAAAGAGCAAAGAGUUGAAUGGUAAGGGUUUCACAUUUAUGGAUUCAGAGCAGAUGAGGAAACUACACAGAGAGCAAGGCAUGAAUGAACCAGAAAUCAAGAAAAAUGUGGACAUCUACGAGAAAUUGUCAAAAUCAGAAAGAAUGGAUGCCCUUUGGGAAACGAUAGCUGAUAUCGCAGCUCUGAGAAAGGCUAAGCAUCUCACUCAUUUGGUGUUCGCUUUCUUCACAAUGGAAUCUGAUGGCAGAAUAUAUCUGGAUGGUGAAGCAGCAGAGAGACGUCUUGAGAGCGUUAUGGCUGUGGCAAAAAGACAUCCGCACCUCAAAGUACUAUUUGCCAUUGGCGGAUGGGAGAACUCGCAAUAUUUCACAUUAUUGGCAGCUGACUACCCACGAAGAAGUCUUCUCAUCGAAAAUAUUAUUGAUACCGUCAAAAAAUACGAUUUUGACGGUGUCGAUCUAGAUUGGGAAUAUCCAGUGACAGGAGGAUCCGUCGAGGGAACACCGGCCGAUCGAAGAAACUACGUCCAUCUGAUGAGAGAAUUACGAAAUAAACUAAGAGAAGUCGAAGAACAAACUAAUAGACCGACAAGCUACUUGAUUUCUUUUGCUGGAGCAGCUGGCCACUGGGUGCUCAAGCCAGGAUACGAUCUCGUACAACUGGUAAAGUACGUCGACUUUGUAAAUGUGAUGUCGUAUGACUACUUCGGAGCAUGGCAGUCUAAAUGGGGCGCAUUUACUGGACCACCGGCGCCGUUGCAGUUUGCCACUCCUAAAGGGUUUUCCGGACGAAUGAAUGUGCAUGCUACCAUGAAAUACUACAGUUGUCAAAUCAAAGCUACGAAUAAGCUUAACAUGGGUGUUCCAUUUUAUGGACGUUAUUGGUAUAAUGUUGGUGACGCUGUGGAUGCCAGCGAUGAAAUGUGGCGAAGAGCCAAAGCUAGUGAUGGUCUCACCAAAUACGAGGGCGGUGACGUGCAAUGGCGCCAGCUUCAUCAGAAGUUCGACGUGAAUCGCGCGAAGUUCCACCAGGGAGCAAAGAGUCCAUACAUAUGGUUGUCGGAAAAUAAGACAUUUGUGGGAUUUGAGAAUCCAGAAAGCUUGCAAUUCAAGACAGAUUACAUUAUCGAAAAUGACCUCGGAGGCGUUAUGGUAUGGGCCAUAGAUUUUGACGAUGACGAUCUAACCAUGCUCAAAACUGUAACGGAGAAAGGUGAGCUUUGCAUCCGUAAUGGACAUCCAAGGGGUUUAGCGUAUAAGUGUUCACCAAUAGGCGAACAACGAUGGUGGACGUAUGACGAUGGUGAGGAACUAGCCGGAAUGUGUGGUAAGUCAGCGCCUUUGUACGACGGUUACUAUCCAGUUUGUGAUCCAGACGAUCCAGGACAUGCUUGUUGUGGAAAGUUCGGCUAUUGCGGCUCCGGUCCCGAAUUCUGUUCUUGUCCAGAAUGUGUGGACUAUGGAGCAGACCCUAUGCUGAUUUUGAAGGAACCGAUCAAGCCUACACAAGCAAAAAUCACCUGGUAUACCUCGGAUGCAGCUGAUGGCAAAAGGGGACGAUGUGGGCGACAGGCUCCCCCAAUUGACGGCGUGAUUCCCACAUGUAAUCCCGACGACGAGAAUGCACACUGUUGUAGUAACGGAGGUUAUUGUGGAAAUACAAAGCAACACUGCGAAUGUGUCGGAUGCGUGGACUUCUCAAAAACAAGAGAUUUUGUCUACAAACCAACCGAAUGGUGGACCUAUGUUGAGAAUCCUGUAAAUGUUGGUCGAUGCGGUCCCGACGCACCUCGUUUACCUUCUGGCAAGAUUCCAAAAUGCGAUCCAACGAGUGAGGCGCACUGCUGCAGUCGUGCUGGUUACUGCGGCAAUGGUAUGGAUUAUUGCGAAUGUCUCGGAUGCGCUGACUUCAAGAAAAAUCCUGACUUUGAGUAUAACAGCCCUUAA